GGGGAUUCUCUCUUAGGUGGAAACUUAGAUGCAAUUCCGGACUCUGUCGCUUUUCCCCUCCUCCAGGAAAUCCUUCUGGAUUGCACCUGCCCCCAAAUCCCUACCCCCAGGCAUUCCAUGUCACCCGCCCUUGAGCCCGGGUGAGACCAACAGCUUCUAGCCUUGGUCUCUCCCCCAUGGCAGUGUCUGAUGGGAACUCCGUCCAAGCCUCUCCAGUGACAGGGUGACGGCCUUUCCAGGGUCCUCUCUGGGCCUUCAGAGCCUUUUCUGCCAAAGGAAGGCCUCGGACUAAACAGCCACUUCAGGUUUCUUCCAGCGUUAACGUUUUGUCGUUUCCAAUCCCUUUUCUUCUCUGUUAAGGGCGUGGAUGGCAUCCGGGCGCCCUGAGGAGCUAUGGGAAGCUGUGGUGGGGGCAGCCGAGCGUUUUCGAGCACAGACAGGUACAGAGCUGGUGCUGCUGACAGCUGCACCCCCGCCCCCACCUCGGCCAGGCCCCUGUGCCUACGCAGCCCAUGGCCGGGGCGCCUUGGCCGAAGCUGCCAGACGCUGCUUACAUGACAUAGCACAGGCCCAUCGGGCAGCGGCUGCCAGGCCCCCUGCACCACCACCUGCACCAGAGCCCCAGGCCCCUAGCCCAAAGAGUUCUCCCCAUCCUCGGAGGCCAGAAGACAAGAAGGAGGAGGAGGAAGAUGGCAAUGAGGAUGAGGAAGAGACAGAAACAGAGACAUCAGGGAGCAGGCUAGGACUGGGAGAUGAUGGAGGCCUCUUUGUGAUGGAUGAAGACACUGCCCACGAGGACCUGCCCCCUUUCUGUGAGUCGGACCCUGAGAGCACCGAUGAUGGGAGCCUGAGCGAAGAAGCACCCGCCGGCCCUCCGUGUGUAAGCCAGGCCCCCCAGCAGUAUGCCAAGUCCUUGCCUGUGUCAGUGCCCGUCUGGGGCUUUAAGGACAAGAGAACCGAGACCAGGUCCUCGGACGAGGAGAACGGGCCGCCCUCCUCCCCGGACCUGGAGCGUAUCGCGGCUAGCAUGCAGGCGCUGGUCCUGCGUGAGGCUGAGGGCUCCCAGGUGUUCGGAGACCUCCCCCGGCCACGCCUCAACACCAGCGACUUCCAGAAGCUGAAGCGGAAAUACUGAGGGGGGAGGGCGCCCCCCGCGCCUCCUCCUCCCGCUUCCACUCUCCCUUUCUUUAUCCCGUGCAUCUGGAUCCCGCGCCAGGUGGGCUCUGCCCUCUGGUCCCGCCCCUGGCACGCCCAGGCCUGGCCAGUCCCGGAUUCGUUCGCUGCCCCACCGUCCUUCCCUCCUGUUCUCUGUUUUUUCUUGCUCUUCCCGUGCGUUGGGGGAGGGUAAUGGAAUUAUCCAAUCAACUCCCUGAGUUUCCACUUAAUUCCACCCUCCGACAGGCCCUGGCCAAUCCCGAUUCUCUUCUCCGGGGCAUCCUUUCGGGUGAGCGUGCGAGGGCAUCCAAUCAGCUCCUCUCGCGCACCUGGUGUUGUCCUUGGCCAAUCGCAGCCUUAGCUCCUUUGGGCCCUCCCCUUUUAGGAGGAUCCAAUCAACGCCUGAACUGCCAGUGGCUCACGCUAUUCAGGGGGAGAAGACUGUACCGCGGGGAAGUCCCCACUCUUGACACUACAGCCGCCCUGUCCUGGUCCCGCCCCACCUCAGGGAUGGCCCAAUUGCAUUAGUACCUAUCCGAUGACGCGACCCACCCCCAAUUGGCCUGUUUCUGGGAAGGGUUUAGCCGAUCCGCUUUACCCUUGCCCUCGGUGGCUUGCUAAGCCUCCAUUCCCACACAUGCCUUAAAGGGUCCUGCCCGCCCGUGUGAGGGUGGAAAGGGACAGGGGGAACGCCUGCGAAUAAAGAGUUUGACUUUGA